AUGUUGCGAGUGAAGGAAGGGAAAAGGCCACCUUGGGUGGGACUUGGAGCUGCCGUGUGGGUUCAGAUUUGUUCAGGAAAUGGCUACACUUUCCCUCUCUACUCUCACUCCUUGAAAUCCGUUUUGGGUUUCAACCAGAGCCAAAUAACUCUGCUUGGUGUUGCCAAUGAUAUUGGUGAGAAUGUUGGCAUUCUUCCUGGUCUCGCCUGCAACAAGUUCCCUCCUUGGCUCAUUCUUUUUAUUGGUGGUCUCUUAUCAUUACUUGGUUUUGGUGUUCUCUGGCUUGGUAUUACUAAAACACUUGAUUCCGUUCCUUUCAUCUUGCUAUGGCUUGCACUUGCUGUUGCUACCAACAGUUGUGCAUGGUUAUCUACUGCUAUUCUUGUCACCAACAUGAGAAAUUUCCCUGUCAGCAGAGGCACAGUUGCAGGAAUCCUGAAAGGUUAUUCUGGACUCAGUGCUGCAGUUUUUACUGAAAUUUACAGCGUGGUUUUUCACAAUUCUUCACCCGACUUCAUGUUAUUCCUUGCUAUUGGUAUUCCUGCUUUAUGCUUCAGUACCAUGUUUCUUGUUCGGCCUUGUACUCCUGCUUCUGGUGAAGAUUCUUCUGAAAACGGGCAUUUUCUGUUCAUCCAAGGUGCUAGUGCAGCCUUGGGUUUAUACUUACUUACAACAACAAUACUCAACAACUUUGUCCCAAUAAGUGAUACAGUGUCAUAUGUUAUGCUGGCGGUGAUGAUUCUCCUUCUCUUGGCUCCCCUUGCUAUCCCUAUAAAGAUGACACUGUGUCCCAGAAAAGCAUCUGCAACAACAGAAACACCAGAGGAACAUGUUGGAUCUUCUGACUUUCUGGUUCAAGAUGGCAAGGUGGACAACAUAGAGCCCUUGCUAUCAGCUUCAUCAGCCAGUGGCCUUGGAAGUUUUAAUGAUGUGGACGGUUCAGCUGAGGUGGCCAUGCUUCUUGCUGAGGGUGAGGGGGCAGUGAGGAAGAAGAGAAGGCCCAAGAGAGGGGAAGAUUUUAAGUUUACUGAGGCUCUAGUAAAAGCAGAUUUCUGGCUACUGUUUUUUGUUUACUUUGUUGGUGUUGGAACCGGAGUUACUGUUCUCAAUAACUUGGCUCAGAUAGGCAUUGCACAAGGUAUUGAAGAUACCACAAUUUUGCUGUCACUAUUCAGCUUUUUCAAUUUUGUGGGUCGGCUUGGUGGAGGAGUUGUUUCAGAACAUUUUGUCAGGACAAAAACGAUUCCAAGGACAAUUUGGAUGACAUGCACGCAGAUAAUUAUGAUCUUCUUGUACCUUCUGUUUGCCUAUGCUAUCAAUGGAACCCUUUAUCCGGCAAUUGCUGUUCUUGGUAUCUGCUAUGGCGUGCAAUUUUCCAUAGUGAUUCCCACUGUUUCGGAGCUUUUUGGAUUGAAACACUUUGGUAUGUUGAGCAACUUCAUGGCUUUAGGGAACCCACUUGGUGCAUUACUUUUCUCAGCUCUUCUAGCAGGACACAUCUAUGAUAAUGAGGCCACAAAGCAACAUGGUGUAGGCCUCAUUGCUUCAGGUGUUGCAUGUAUGGGUCCAAGUUGUUUUAAGCUAACCUUUUUGACUCUGGCUGGUGUGUGUGUCGCGGGUGCACUCUCCAGCAUUAUCUUGACUCUAAGAAUUAAGCCCGUUUACCAAAUGCUUUAUUCCGGUGGUUCGUUUAAGCUACCUCAAGCUUCAGGCCACUAA